AUGGCCGCGGAACCGCCCACUACCUCCUUCUCCUCUUCGGGUGAAGAUGUCAUCAGUCAGGUUAUAGAAGUCACACCCGAUACCUCUGCAGACGUUCUUUCACUUGAAGAAUUUGAUAUAUUCUAUGAAAUCAGACGAACGGCGGAGGAAAUCGUGCGGGGAGACUACAAACGCAUUGCUCUUCAAUUCCCAGAUGAACUCUUACACGACUCUGUGCCCAUAUUCCGACGAUUGAAUAAAACCAUAGCAGAACUUGAAGCGGAAGGCGCCACAAGCACGAUUCGAGAACUAUACGUUUUAGCUGAUACAUCCUACGGAAGCUGUUGCGUGGAUGAAGUGGCGGCACAGCAUGCCAAUGCCGAUCUAAUAGUGCAUUAUGGGCACGCUUGUAUGACUCAGACGUCCCGGCUCCCUGCUAUCUACGUGUUUGGGCAAAAGCAGAUUGACGUCGAAAGAUGUGUUGCAGAGCUUAUGAGGGUCUUCAAUCGUGACGAGUCUGAGAGGGAGAAUACAACGGAGAAGAGGGCUGUUUUGCUGAAACACGAUGUGACAUUUGCACAUAAAGCUGAUGAGAUUGUUCAAUGCCUUCGUCAGGCUUUGUCUCAGAGCGUUCCCCCCAUCCCUCUUCUUUAUCACAAAAUCCCCGAAAUGACUUAUCCCUCUUCGGCUACCUCUGCGGCCAAUCCCUCCUCUCAUCCAGUAAACGAUCACGAUCCAGAGACAGAUUUUCAAUUAGAACACACGAUAAUAUUUUAUGUUGGCGGGGAAAGCCUGGGGCUGAGCAACCUUCUCAUGACCAAUUCUUCCUGUAAUGUGUAUACUUAUAACCCCACAACCCAGACGGCUUUGCAUGAAUCGGCCACAGGACGAACAAAUAAAAUGCUCAUGCGGCGCUACGUAGCAGUGCAGAAAGCACGAGACGCCGACGUCUUUGGCAUCCUAGUAGGAACUCUAGGCGUCGCCUCGUAUCUCCCCCUCAUCUCCCAUAUACGGCGCCUGCUGGCUCGCAAGCAGAAAAAGAGCUACACUAUCAGCGUAGGGAAGCUGAAUCCUGCCAAACUCGCCAACUUCCUCGAGGUAGAAUGUUUCGUUCUAAUAGCAUGUCCAGAAAACAGUCUUAUUCAAGAUAAAGAAUUUUUACGUCCUAUAAUCACUCCGUAUGAGCUUGAGGUUGCGAUGCAGGCGGAACAAAGCUGGACAGGUCGAUAUGUUCUCGAUUUCGAGAAGCUCCUUGCCGAUGCGAAGGCUACCGCGCCUGGGGAGGGUGCAGACGACGGGACAUCAAAACACGAAGAUGAAGGCACAGACAGCGAUCCCGAUCAACCUGUUUUCUCCCUAGUGACAGGGACAUAUCGUCACGCGAAGAGAUACGGAGGGAAGCAUGAUGUAGAAGCGGAACAGAGUCUAGUGGAAAACACCUCUGCCAUGGUCAUCCGCAAUAAAGACGAUCAGGUCGCGAUGAUCGACAGCGCUGCUGGUCAAUUCCUCCAGCAGCGGACGUAUCAGGGCCUGGAAGUGCGUAUGGGAGAGGACGCGCCAAGUGUUUUGGAGCAGGGACGCAGUGGAAUUGCCAGAGGUUAUCAGGACGAUAAGUCGCAUAAAGAGUUUGAGUAA